GCGCAAUAUAGCAUUACCUUCCCUUGAUAGCCGUGUCAAUAACUUAAAAACUACAUAUUCCGAGGUACAUAGAAGAUUACACACAAUUAAUGGAAAAAACUAGCUCAUCUAACAAAACCCUAAGUUAAGGAAUGUUGAAGGGAGAAGAGAAGAACAAAUCUACGGUAUCGUUAUCGUAUAUCGCUUAUCAUUUUGGUUCAAGUGGAAUGGCUGUUACUACCGCAACAGGCUUUACUCAUCCGCUAGAUGUUCUCAAAGUUAGACUACAAAUGCAGCUUGUCGGCCAGAAAGCUCCCUUAACUGGAUUGGGAAAAAUUUGUUAUCAAAUGGUGAAAAGUGAAGGGCCUACUGCGCUGUAUCUUGGAUUGACACCUGCACUGACCAGAUCAGUGCUAUAUGGAGGUCUGCGAUUGGGUUUGUAUGAACCAUCCAAGUAUGUUUGUGAAUGGGCUGUUGGAUCCUCCAAUGUCUUGGUGAAAAUUGCAUCUGGUGCAUUCUCUGGUGCCAUUGCAACUGCACUGACCAAUCCAACCGAAGUGUUAAAGGUACGACUACAGAUGAACCACGAUUCAGGAAGAGGAGCAAUCACAGAAAUGCGAAAAAUUGUUUCAGAAGAAGGUUUACGGGCUCUAUGGAAAGGGGUUGGCCCUGCUAUGGCCAGAGCUGCUGCUCUUACUUCAUCACAGCUAGCAACUUAUGAUGAAGCCAAGCAGGCUUUGAUUCGGUGGACACCUCUAGAAGAAGGAUUUAAUCUGCAUCUCAUCUCAAGUACCAUAGCAGGAACCGUAAGCACUCUUGUUACUGCACCUGCGGACAUGAUUAAAACCCGUCUCAUGUUACAAAGAGAUUCUAAAUCCACUGGAAGCUACAAAAGUGGAUUUCACUGCGCAUACCAGGUUAUGAGUACAGAAGGCCCUCGCGCCCUAUAUAAAGGGGGCUUUGCUAUGUUUGCGAGAUUAGGCCCGCAAACCACAAUCACGUUCAUUGUUUGUGAGAAGUUGCGAGAACUUGCUGGACUAAAGGCUAUUUGACACCCAAGGUUCCACCCAUUCUAAAUUUAUCAUUUAAGAACAGCCUAACCGGUACGUUUCCAGUUACACAGAGGAAGGAAUUAGUUUUGAUAUUGAAUGGCUUCAAGUGCCAAUGAAAGAAGUUACCUUCUAGAUAACAUAAAAUACGUAUAUUUUUAUUCCAUAUUUUUAUGGAAUGAACAUUUCAUUCAAGGGGAUCAAAACAUUGCCAUCCCUACACUUACUUUGUUCACUAAAUUUGUUGUAACAUAAAGUUGUAAACAUGAUGAGGGGAAUUUUGGUCUCGAUCAUUGUUGAUUCUGAUACAUUCUCAUCACAUUACAAGUGCAUUACAAAAUCGAAAUAAAACUUUAAACUUCAUACUUUA